AUGCUCUACACAAUGACAUGUUGGCUCCCAGUCCUGCUCCUCCAGCUGGUCCUCCUGAGCCCGCCGCGGGCAGCAGCCUGCCCUGCCCGCUGCGAGUGUGCCCCGCAGAUCAAGUCAGUGGUGUGUCACCGCAAGCGGCUCACCUCCAUCCCCGAGGGCAUCCCCACCGAGACCAGGAUCCUGGAGCUCAACAAGAACCGCAUCCGCUGCCUGAACCCGGGGGACCUCUCCCCGUACCCGCUGCUGGAGGAGCUGGAUUUCAGCGAGAACAUCAUCUCCAAUGUGGAGCCGGGCGCCUUCAGCAACCUGUUCAACCUGCAGACCCUGCGGCUGCGGGGGAACCAGCUCAAGCUCAUCCCCCCUGGGGUCUUCACCAAACUGACCAACCUCACCCUCCUGGACAUCAGCGAGAACAAACUCGUCAUCCUGCUGGACUACAUGUUCCAGGACCUGCGGAACCUGAAGAGCCUGGAGGUGGGCGAUAAUGACUUGGUGUACAUCUCCCAACGGGCCUUCUCGGGGCUGCUUGGCCUGGAGCAGUUGACCAUCGAGAAGUGCAACCUGACCUCCAUCUCGGCCGAGUCGCUCUCCUACCUCCAGAACCUGGAGGUGCUGCGGCUCCGGCACCUCAGCAUCUCUGCGCUGGAGGACCAAAACUUCAAGAAGCUCUACAACCUCCUGCAGCUGGAGAUCGACAACUGGCCGCUGCUGGAAGACGUCUCGCCCACCAGCUUCCAGGGCCUGAACCUCACCUCACUCUCCAUCACCUACACCAACAUCACAGCCGUGCCCGCUGCUGCCUUGAGGAACCUGGUGUACCUCCGGUACCUCAACCUGUCCUACAACCCCAUUAGCACUGUGCUGAAGGGCUCCUUUAAAGACCUCAUCCGCCUCCAGGAGCUCCACAUCGUGGGCGCUCUCUUGGUGUCCGUGGAGCCGCAGGCUUUCUCCGGCCUGAGACAAAUCCGGCUGCUCAACCUCUCCAGCAACUUUCUCUCCACGCUGGAGGAGAGCACCUUCCACUCCGUCAACACGUUGGAGACGCUGCGGGUGGACAGGAACCCCAAACUCCUCUGCAUCCUGCAGCGACGGAAGACGCUCAACUUCGACGGGCAGCAGCCCAUGUGCUCCUCGCCGCCCGAAAUCCAGGGCAACGCCCUGCGCGACUUCCCGGACUCCGUGCUCUUCGAGUACUUCACCUGCCAGAAGCCCAAGAUAAAGGAUCGGAAGCUGCAGCACGUGACGGCCCGGGAAGGGCAAUCCGUGUCCUUCCUUUGCCGAGCGGAUGGGGAGCCGGACCCCUCCAUCGCCUGGGUGUCCCCCCAGCACCGCAUGAUCACCACCCGCAGCACGGGGCGGGCAACCGUGCUGCCCGGGGGCACGCUGGAGAUCCGCUUCGCCCAGGUGCAGGACAGCGGCACCUACAUCUGCAUCGCCAGCAACGCGGGAGGCAACGACACCUACUUCGCCACCCUGACGGUCAAGGGGCGGCCGGCCGACGGCUCCCACUAUGCCAACCGGACUUUGUACCUCAGCGAGUUCAACGACACCUCCCACAACGACACACAGGUCUUCUUGAAGUUUACGUUGGACCUCAAGACCAUCCUGGUCUCCACGGCCAUGGGCUGCAUCACCUUCCUGGGCGUGGUGCUCUUCUGCUUCCUCCUCCUCUUCGUCUGGAGCCGGGGCCGAGGGCAGCACAAGAACAACUUCUCAGUGGAGUACUCCUUCCGCAAGGUGGAUGGUCCUACCACCACCACUGGCCAAGGAGGAGCCAGGAAGUUCAACAUGAAGAUGAUCUGA